AGAUGAUUACAUUGAAGCAAAACAAAGAUAAAGCAAUUUAGUAAAAGAACAAUUAAAGAAAAACAAUUUCUGAUGUAGAUAAGUAUACUUAAAGAAAAAUUUCUGAUGUAGAUGAGUAUACUUAAAAAAAACAAUUUCUGAUGCUAUAAAAAGGUUGGAAGAAAUGGCUAAUUUUCUGAAGCUAUGCAAAAACUUGUAUAAUUUUGCUGGUCAUUGUUCUCCAUCAUUGCCAUGUUUGAACCAGUUCAGAUCGAUUGCUUCAGCUCCAAAAUUUUCAACUCAGUUUUCGUUCCUAACAUCUUUCAUACAGAAAUCAAGUCCUUUGGUGUCUAACGUAAGCGCUGCAUCCAAGGUCAGUCUUUUACAAAACAUAAACAACCACUCCGUAGUUCAGGAGCGCUAUCAGAUACGCCGCUUCAAAUACAAGCCUCCUUUGAACGGGAAGAGUGAGGAUGCCCAACUUUAUUUCAUUCAUUACGGAAAGAAAAAGAUAGUCCACAAACGAAGGCACCCCCUGAACAGCGCGCCUCAAAUGAAAGCUGUCGUCUUGAGGACUUUGAUCAAGAAACCGAAAAAGCCGAACUCGGCCAACAGGAAAUGCGUUGCAAUUAGGCUUUCCAAUGGCAGGGAAACUGUUGCUUAUGUUCCUGGGGAAGGACACAAUCUGCAAGAGCACAAUAUUGUUCUGGUGAGGUUUGGUAGGGUUAAAGAUGUUCCUGGUUUGCGACUCAAAGUUAUACGUGGAAAGUAUGAUUGUGCACAUGUUGUUAAGAAAUCUAGUGUUAUUCGUACAUAGUUGUACGAGCAAUAUUAGAUAAAAAUUUGUCUUCUGUAGAAUUCUGUUUUCAUGAAAUAAACAUCUGUA